AUGGCCAUCCUUGGUCUUGAUCUACCCGAGGCAAACCGCAUCGUGUUUCGACCUUACCUAGACAUCGGGACCGACAUCUACACCUCGUACACGUACUUCCAACCUGGCCAUGUAGUAUGGGGCACUCUUGGACUGGUCAUCGCCCUGCUGCCUGGCAUUAUCGAGGCACUCUUUUUCUUGUCCGGAGUUGGGUUUGUUCGUCGUCUCUUGGUUGUGCUACAAUUGAGCGUACUCGUGGAAGCCUUCAGCACAGCUACAGGGGAAGUCUACUCCCGAAAGCUCGGCUUUGUACGCGUGGUUGAGCCGCUGUUCGAAGCGGCGCUCCAUCUGUUGCUGCAGUUACAUGCGAUUCUUGUGCCGUGGAACGAGGAACCUCCGUCUCCCAACACUUUCCUAGCUCCGUUUAGAUCCGUGUUCAUCUCGGUUGGGAGCCAGUCGUAUGCUGUCACCGAUAAUUCUAGUGUGGAGGGGCUAAAAGCUGCGGCAACUCCGGUUGGGGACGUUUCCAACUGGUGCUCGAGAUGCUCACGCCCGUCGUGCUGCUGGCCGACAUGGUGCCCAUGGUCUGGCACGAGACUCCCGUUCAGCCGAGCACCAACGAAAGGCGAGUUGAACUUGGGAUGUCUCGGUAAAAUGCACCCCCAAACUCAAGUGUGGGUCUGUUUCCUGUACCAUAUUGUGGAGGUUGUGAGCCGUUUCAUCCCUCUCGCUUUCCUGAUCUUGUUGACGAGGCCGUGGUUCAUCGGCGUGUUGGUGUACUUUUGGCUCAGCCAGGCUGCUCUGGUGGGGUGGAUGGCUUGGCAAACGGAUGACCGCCGAAGCCGUUUAAACGCAGCCCGUGACGAGUUUUCAAGCCUCCGGUUUAAGGUUAGGGUGGUCGCGAUGCCCUUCUUGGACUCCAUCAUUUCUCAAGAAGAGGCUUUCGUUGUCGGCCUAUGGCUCACGGACUUGGAGUUCGUUGUGUACACGACCCUAUACCACGUGUACCCAAGCGAUGAGGUAGCCAGCCACGAUCAGCUGGUGUUCACCAUCAUUGCGGCUAUAUGCCUGCUGUUGGCAAGGCUAGUGAUGAUGUCCCUGAAGAAAGAGGUGGCAGUUUGCACCAAUUCCGACGAAGCAAGCAAGCGUGAGGAAAUCAAUGACUCCAAAACUCACGCCCUGAGGGCAGACCAACAGGGGUCGUGA